UUUCAUCUUAAAAGCCCUAAAAAAUCCAUCUUUGGUUUUUCGUUUCCUCUGCGCAAAUACGCCGUAAUAAUGACAGGAGAAGCAGUAAACCCAAAAGCAUACCCAUUAGCAGAUGCUCAGCUUACAAUCACUAUUUUGGAUCUUGUUCAGCAAGCUGCUAAUUACAAACAACUCAAAAAGGGUGCCAAUGAAGCUACGAAGACCCUGAACAGGGGCAUUUCUGAAUUUGUAGUGAUGGCCGCAGAUGCUGAACCUCUUGAAAUUCUUCUUCAUCUUCCCCUUCUUGCCGAAGAUAAGAAUGUUCCCUAUGUUUUCGUCCCUUCGAAACAAGCAUUGGGGAGAGCAUGUGGAGUUACAAGACCGGUGAUUUCAUGUUCUGUGACUAGUAAUGAAGGAAGUCAACUGAGAUCCCAAAUCCAGCAGCUUAAGGAUGCCAUUGAGAAGCUCUUGAUCUAAGGAGCCUAUAUUCGGUGUGACGGGCCUUUAAGGCUUUGACUGAGGGUGUAUGUGUUAGGAAAAAGAAACCAUUUUCUUGGUUAUUUUACGAACAUUUGUUGUUUUUCAUGCAUUUUAAGCGAACUGGUGAUUAAGUUUUUUUUUUUUUUUUGGCAAUUUGGAUUAUUGUAUGCAUCUUGAAGAAUGUUGAAUGAAUGAACAAAAUUAAAAUGGUUCCGGUGA